AAAGAAUUAAAAUCCGGAAGUCAUGUUUUCUCGGACAAAUAUUCCUGUCUUUCGACGAUUUCUUAAUACAAAUAUAGAUCCAGAGAAGUUGACUCGUGGCCAGAGAUUCAAGAACUACAUGAAGCUGAUCGUAGAUGACUAUGCUACUGUUGGGAAGGAAACAGUUCAAGACAUUAAGGCAAAGCCUUUGAAAUCAGCCUUUAUAUUCUCUCUACUUGGUACUUCAGGAUACAUGAUCAAAACAAGACCAAAUAAACAAGAUUUUAUAACUACCUUAGUGUCAAACACUGAUGAACUUUUAUUAGUCGGAGAUUUGACUCGUAAUCCAGUCUCAAAUGCUAAAAUGGAAGAAAUCAAUAAACUUAACAAAGAAGGCAGGCUACGCUUUUUCAAUUUAGGAGUGUGUACUAUUGUAUGGUUUGCGAAUUUCUCUAGAGAAGUGGACUUGUAUGAGACACAGUGUAAGCAUUUGAAACCUGCAUUUCUAGAUAGGUUUAAUACCAGAUUUGUGGAUGUAGGAGUAGCAGGACAUUGGUUUAACUUGGAGAAAUAUAUGAUAGACUUUGAUAUCAAUUCUACAGAAUGGCCUGUAAUAGAGGAAUCAAAGACUAAGAUUGCAGCAUAGACUGAACCUAUACAGGCCCGUAGCCAGGAUUUGCCAAGGGGGGGGGUUUAGUUUCAAAAUUUUCCAGGGGGUUCACAUUUGACAAUUUUGGCGCAAAUAUGGCUAAAAUCACUUGAGCAAAAUGGUGAAAAACUGCAUGAUUUUGUAAGAAUUUUUGGCCAGGGGGGUUCACCCGAACCAUGCGGACCCCCCCCCCCCCCUCCCCCUGGCCACGGGCCUGCUAUAUAUUAAUCAGAAUAGAUAAACAGAAAGGAUAAUUCAGAAGUAUGCUGGCUAUAAUCAUUUAAAAGAUUAAGAGAUUGAAAAGGAAAAAAGCAUGUUUGGGAUGAAUACAAAUCUAUUUGAAAAUUGUGGAAAUUAAAAUGUGGUGCUUUUACUGUUUUAUAGGUUGAGCCUAGAAAUUACAAUGUUUCUUUUUUAUCUAUCAUGGGAUUUGAUGUAACACUCAAUUUGUGUUUGUAACACAAGUUUGACAUCUGAGAAAACUUACAUUUUACCAUUGUUUGAUAUACAAAUGGAUUAAAAUAAAUUAUUCUAACAUGUUAAAUCUGUAUUUUUUAUUUUGAUAAUUCAGCCAUUAGCAUUAUUAUGUCCCUUUGACAUUUGAAUAAAUCUGAUUGUUAUCCAUGGCUAAAAAAAA